UUGGCCUUAAUUCUUAUGAACAAAAUUUUGGAUGUAGAUUUUCCCUUUUCAUUCCAUUCACUUACCUUCUUCAUCAUACACCAUUGUGAUGCUCAUAGAAAUGCUGAGGAUGGAGAAAGAAAAGUUAAAACUGAGGCUAAAGAUGCUCUGAAGAAAGUCAAAGCUGACAGGAACAGAGGGCGGAUUCUUUUGAAGAACCAAGCUGAUGAAUCUGUUUUAGGAGACUCCAAAGCAGUAGUUUCUAGUUUGAGCGCUGUCUCUGAAGAUAACGAACCGAGAUCUACAAAGGAAAAUGGUAAGGUAGAUAUAAUGUCUAUAGUUCAGGGAACAAAUCGUAAAUCUUUGAAUCGGCUUGCUCAUAAACAUUCAUCUAGCACACUUUCCAAAGAAAGUGAAAAUACCUCUGGUUUGAGGCUCAAAAAGAUCAUGAGGAGAGGUGGUGAGGACAAGGAUUCAUCUGUUCAAGUUCAAGAGCUUAGAAAAGAAAUCAGAGAAGCUGUUCGUAACAGAUCCUCGAAAGAGGUUGGGCAAAACCUUUUUGAUCCGAAACUUCUGGCAGCUUUUAGGACUGCUUUGGCAGGAUCAGCGACUGAAACUGAAAGUAAGAAGCUGCCUCUGGAUCUGAAGGCAAAGAAGUCACAGUUGCAGAAGGGAAAAAUACGUGAAAGUCUAACGAGAAAAAUAUAUGGGAUCAACGGAAGGCGAAGAAAAGCAUGGACCCGGGAUUGUGAAGUUGAAUUUUGGAAACAUCGCUGCUUGAAAACAACAAAAUCUGAAAAAAUUGAGACCUUGAAGUCAGUUCUUGGCCUGAUAAGAAAUGGAUCUGAUUACACAGAGAAACUUCCUGAGAAUGAUGGCGAGAGAAGUGGUUCUAUUCUUUCAAGAUUGUAUUUAGCAGAUGCAUCUGUUAUGCCACGGAAGUGUGACAUUGAGCCUAUGUCAUCCCUCAAAUCCAUUGCAGCACCUGCACUGGAAAAAGAAGAUGGUUCAACUAAAAAAUCAUCAACUUCAUCUACCAGCGUCCACUCUUGCACAAAUCCACCAAAGAAUGAUAUUUUAAUGCAGGGUAAAAUUCCUACAUUAGAUACUAAAGGUACAAGAAGGAGUGCUAUGGGCACUAAGGAUGGAACUGCUUCUGGUAAAGUACAUCAAAAUAAAUGCUCUGAAGGAUCAUCCAAGUCUACAUUAGGUGGCAUGAAGGUACCUUCUGAGAAGGAAGAGGGUAAAUCUGACAACACGAAGUGCGAUAAAAGGAAAUGGGCUUUGGAAGUUCUGGCCAGAAAAACAGCAGUCUUAAGCAAAAAUGCAGCACAAGCGAACAAAGAGGACAAUUCCAUUCUCAAAGGGAAUUAUCCUUUACUGGCUCAAUUGCCGAAAGAUAUGUGGCCAGUUUUUGCACCCAGUCGUCACAAUAAAAUUCCCGUGUCAAUUAGGCAGGUGAAGUAUUUAUCUGUUAUCAUGUCUCAGCAACAUUCUGUUUCAACCCGCCUAGAAUAAUAUAUCGUGAAAGGUGUGUCCUCCUGGAUCGGAAAAGUAAUUUGAUGGAAAAAUAGGCAGUGAAAGGAGAGAAAAUAAUAGAGGGAAAUUGAUGCAGCACCAACUCGAGCAAUUAAUUGAAUGUUAGUACAUUUCCCAAUGGGAAAGGGGGAAUUGAAGGAAAGAAUGG